UCCUUGGAUGUUUCCUUGCAGGUACUAAGGCAGCCAAAAUAUGGGGCCAAUGGAACAGCCGUGACUGAGUUCAUCCUGCUGGGCUUGGUGGAGACACCAGAGCUGUGGCCAGUUGUCUUUGUACUCUUCCUCUUUGCCUACCUGGUCACAGUUGGGGGCAACCUCAGCAUCCUGGGAGCCAUCUUUGUGGAGCCCAAACUCCAUACUCCCAUGUACUUCUUCCUGGGGAACCUAUCAGUGCUGGACGUUGGGUGCAUCACUGUCACCGUUCCCUCAAUGUUGUGUCAUCUCUUGUCCCACAAGCAUAGAGUUCCCUAUGGAUCCUGCCUCUCCCAGCUCUUCUUCUUUCAUCUCCUGGUUGGGGUGGACUGCUUCCUGUUGACAGCCAUGGCCUAUGACCGAUUUCUGGCCAUCUGCCGGCCCCUCACUUACAGCCCUCGAAUGAGCCCGACAGUCCAGAGGAAAUUGGUGGUUGUGUGCUGGGCCUGUGCCUUCACCAAUGCACUGACUCACACUAUAGCCAUAUCCACACUCAACUUCUGUGGCCCCAAUGUGAUCAAUCACUUCUACUGUGACCUCCCACAGCUCUUCCAGCUCUCCUGCUCCAGCACCCAACUCAAUGAGCUGCUGCUCUUUGCUGUUGGUUUCAUAAUGGCAGGCACCCCCAUGGCUCUCAUCGUCACCUCCUAUGCCCAUGUGGCAGCUACAGUUCUACGAAUCCGCUCAGUGGAGGGCAGGAAGAAAGCCUUCUCCACAUGUGGGUCUCAUCUCACUGUGGUUGCCAUAUUCUAUGGUUCAGGUAUCUUUAACUACAUGAGACUAGGUUCUGCCAAGCUUUCAGAUAAGGAUAAAGUUGUUGGAAUUUUUAACACUGUCAUCAACCCCAUGCUGAAUCCAAUCAUCUACAGCCUCAGGAACCCUGAUGUGCGGGGAGCCCUCUGGAGGGUGCUUACAGGGAGGAGGUCACUGGCUUGA